UCUUAAAUUGGACUUCUUUUGGCACUCCAUUCUUGUGUCUCAUCACCUUUCUUUACUAUGAAGUUGCUCCUCAUUUACCAUAGAAAACAAACUUCUUUUUUUCCUAGGCUAUUUCAGCAAUUGUAUCCGGCCAUGAAUAUAUUUAUAUUGGUUUAAGUAAAAAUGCAUUUGUGGGUAAUAGAAUUUGAGAUGCUAAUGAGGCCAAGUGUGAUAGAUUUUUCUUGAUCUAGACUUGAACUUUUUCAUCUCCCAUAAUACUGAAUUCAGCCCCUCUAAAAAAAACUCUUCACCUAAUAACCCUUUCAUCAGUGAGUACUUAAAUUGAUCAAAAUUAAUACCUAAUAACCCUUUCAUCAGUGAGUACCAGAAAUAUUUUUUUUAAAAAUAAAUAAAUAAAUAAACAAAAGAGAAAGUUUAACAUGGGAGAGCUCUCAAAGAAACAUUGAUAAAAAAAGUUCAAAGUUCACCAAAUAUGGCUUCCCUUUACCCCACCAUAGUUUUCUUGUUUCUUUUCAUGUUCCUUGGCAUUACCAGUCAUGGCAAAGCAGCACCAACAUACACCUCCCAUUACUGUGAUAAUACCACUUCCUUCACGCCCAAUAGCACCUACCAAGCCAAUAUCAAAACCCUUUUAUCCUCUCUUUCUUCCAAUACCAAUAGCAGUAAAAAUGGGUUUUACAAUACAACCGCAGGGCGAGAUCCCAACUUGGUCUUCGGUACCUUUCUUUGCCGGGGCGAUGUAUCUGCUAAUCUCUGUCAAAAAUGCGUGGAAACUGCCAGCAACGAUAUAGCUCGACGGUGUGUUACGGAAAAACUAGGUGUGAUUUGGUACGAUGAGUGUACUGUUCGGUACUCUGAUCAAAACAUUUUUUCCAUCAUCCGUGAAGUACCGGGAAUGGAUAAUAGCAGUUCAGUAAGCAUCCGGGGCGACAAAGAUCGUUUUGAUCAGUUAUUAUCGGACAUAAUGAAAAGCUUGGUGAACCGUGCUGCAUAUGAUGAUCAGUCGGGCAAAAGAUUCGCAACUGGUGAAGUGAAUUUUACCAGCUCUCAAACACUGUACAGUUUAGUGCAGUGCACGCCGGACUUAACUGAUGCACUUUGCUUUAGAUGCUUACAAAGUGCCAUUGCCGAGCUUCCAAUGUGUUGUGAUGGGAAACAAGGUGGACGAGUUUUGCUUCCCAGCUGCAACAUCAGAUAUGAUAUGUUUCCCUUCUUCAGUCGUAAUGGCACAGCCACCAUAGGGCUUCCUUCGCCUUCCUCACCUAACUCAACUAAACAAGGAAAAAGAAAGAACUCUUUUCCUAUUAUCAUUGCCAUCGUUGCUCCAGUAGUUACCUCUUUAGUGCUAUUGGCGUUAGGCCUGCUUUUUAUGAGAAAGAGGGCGAGCAAGAAGUACAAUGCAUUACCUGAAAAAAAUGCUGUGGAGAACGUCAUAGGUUUAGAAUCCUUGCAAUUUAAUCUGAGCACAAUUCAAGCCUCAGUGAACAAUUUCUCUUCUAAUAACAAAAUAGGUGAAGGUGGAUUUGGUGAGGUCUACAAGGGGAAACUAUGUAAUGGACAAGAAAUAGCGGUGAAGAGGUUAUCUAAGAGCUCUAACCAAGGAACAGAAGAAUUCAAGAAUGAGUUGGCACUGUUAACUAAGCUUCAACACAGGAAUCUUGUGAGACUGCUGGGAUUUUGCUUGGAUGGUGAAGAAAAGCUACUGGUUUAUGAAUAUGUGCCAAAGAAAAGCCUCGACUUUUUUCUAUUUGACCCUGAAACACAAGGGAAUUUGGAGUGGUCAGCACGUUACAGAAUUAUUGAAGGGAUCUGUAGAGGACUUCUUUAUCUUCAUGAAGAUUCUCGGCUUAGGAUCAUCCACCGUGACCUCAAAGCUAGCAACAUUUUGUUGGAUGAGGAUAUGAAUGCCAAAAUUUCAGAUUUUGGUAUGGCUAGGAUUUUCGGUGUUGAUCAAACUCAAACAAACACUAGAAGAAUCGUUGGGACAUAUGGUUAUAUGGCUCCAGAGUAUGCAAUGCAUGGACAGUUUUCAAUGAAAUCUGAUGUUUUCAGCUUUGGGGUUUUAGUACUAGAAAUUAUAAGCGGCAAAAAGAAUAGUUCGUUUUAUGAAUCAGAGGGCGGUGAAGACCUCCUAAGUUAUUGUUGGAAGCAAUGGAGGGAUGGAAGUCCCUUGGAAAUGAUGGAUCCCAAAUUAAGAACAAACUAUUGUAGAAAUGAAGUUGUUAAAUGUAUCCAUGUAGGGUUAUUAUGUGUUCAAGAAGAUCCAGCUAAAAGGCCUUUAAUGACAAAGGUGGUUCUCAUGCUCGACAGCAACUCGGUUUCGUUGCCGCAACCUCAGAAACCGGUAUAUUUCCUUAGUAGCAGAAAUGAGUCGAGUCCUCCAGGAGCAAAGGGGCUUGAAGAAGUGUCUGUCAAUGAAGUGUCGAUAACUGAAAUAGAGCCUCGAUAGAGGAACUCUGGAUUGUACAAAAUACGUACAAAUUGGCAAUGUUUCUGGGUCUUAGUUCAUUAUAGUUUCGGAACAUCAACCACGCUAACCAAUCAGUGCUAGGUUGAUUAGCAAAAUCUGUAAAAUCAUGGCUGGAGUUUGGUCUAAAAAGAGUCCUGCCACGUCACUAAAUAUUUUGACUUAAUCAAAUGGUGAAUUUAGUUUUUGAGUUUAA